AUGUCAACACCAAAAGCGUCUUUAGUUAAGCUUGUUGUUCCUGCUGGAAAGGCAGCUCCUACUCCCCCAAUUGGUCCUGCCUUGGGUGCUCGUGGUGUCAAAAGUAUCGACUUUUGUAAAGAAUUCAAUGCGCGUACUGUAGGAUACGUUCCUACCGUUCCUAUUCCCUGUCGUGUUACUGUCACUCCCCAGAGGACAUUCUCAUUCACUAUCCAUACCCCUCCUACUAGCUGGCUGAUUUGCAAAACUCUGGACAUUGAAAAAGGGUCCAGUUCACCAAAGCACGAUAUAAAAGGGCAACUCAGCUUGAAGCAUGUCUAUGAAAUUGCAAAAUUGAAAAGCACAGAUCCUACGUUGAAAGGAACAGAAUUAACAUCGUUGUGCAAAAGUGUCAUUGGGACAGCCAAGAGUAUGGGGAUUCAAGUUGUUCUGUAG